AUGUCACCUCAGGAGCUUGCUGCACUGCUCUGCAAAGAAGGGGACCAACAUCUUGCCCAGAAGGAGUUUCCAGCAGCCACUGCUUUCUACACGGCUGCCUUCAGCUGCAGUGCCCCCACAGCAGUACAGAGAGUGAACUCCUUGGACAAAGGGCUCUGGGAGAAAGUGACAGCCACGCUGGAGAUGUGGUGCAAAGGCAAGGAUCAGAUUCCCAAGAUCCAGAGCAAGAACUUGGCCAUUGUCUCUCUCAGUGUGGGAACAGCAGCCAUCUUUCUCUCCAGCCUACGUCCUGACAAUGUCUCAUCCUCAGUACAUAAAAUGGAGACCCUGCUCAGGCAAGGAUGGACGGAGGAGGUGGUGAGUAGGUGCAACACCUUGCUCCAGGCUAACCCAGAAUAUCCCAUGGAGCUGCUGCUGCUGAGGGCACUGGCGUGGGUGCUGUCAGGGACACAAGUUAGGAAAGGAGUUGCAGGCUAUAUCCAGGCCUUUGUGAUGCAUCGGGCUGAGGCAGUGGCCUAUGUGUGUUCCAGGCAGAGGCAACACCUGCCACAGAUCAUCCAGGCCUUCUCAAAUUAUCUCUCAGCAUGCCAGAAAGCAAGCCCAGACUGCAGCUCUUUGGACCAGUGGCUGGGCAACUGCUAUGACUUCCUAUCUGCAGUGGCACCUGAUGACAUCUGGGUUUGCAGGGUGCAGGCUGCUUACCUCUUCAAGAAAAGCAAAUUUGAGGAGUGUGUGGCAGUGUGCAGCAAGGCACUCAAGGGCUUCUCAGCUGAUAAGAACAUCAGAGAUGAGAAAGCUUUGGGUCUGCUCUUGGAACGGGCGGCUGCGUAUUUCUUUUUGGGUGGACAGAUGCAGGAAAUGAUACAGGAUUUAGCAGAAGCCUUUGCAGCAAGCCCUGCCCAGGCAAUGAAAUACUUUGAAGAGCUUUUCUCACCCCACGACACCAAAAGGAUAGAAGAACAGGCUAGAAGUGUCCUAGAGGUGAAGUUUGCAGCAUACAGGGAGGCUGUGCGUACUCGGGCUGACCUCAGAGGCAAUGGUGGCACCGAAGUUCUCCCUUCUGUCAUCCAGACAAUCCAGUUCCUCCUGCAGAUCUCCCCAGGGUCCAAACGGGAGCUCAGUGUCCGGCUAGCAGACUGCCAUCUGCUGCACGGAGAGGUCAGGGCUGCCCUGGAUAUCUGUGACCACCUCUUGGCAGCAGAGCAGAAAACUUACUAUAACACUCUCUUAGCAUUGCGAGGGUUCUGCUCCCUCCACGCUCACGACCACCAGCUAGCCCUGCAGGACUUUCAGAAGGUCAUUGAGCAUGAUUCCCCACAUCCAAACAGCUGCAUUAAAGCCCUAUGUGGGCGUGGACUUAUCCGGAUUUCUGGUGGCAGCCCUUACUUGACAGCCCUGGAUUACAUCACAGCUUGUCAGUUAAAGCUGGAAGAAACCAUCUUCACAAUCAAGUCCUAUGUGCCGUGGAACCAGAGAGGGCUGCUGCUGAAGGUUCUCCAAGAAGAAGGACAGAAGAUGCUCCAGAAGAAGAGAGAUGCUCCUGGGGUUUACCAGCUGGCUUCUCUCCUGGUGGAGCUGGACACUUCUGAUGAAGCCUCACGGAUCCUGUGUGCUGAUGCCCUGUACCAGAUGGGCCGUGUAGAAGAAGCUCACAAACUCCUUUUAGUAGCACUCUCCAAAAAUCCACAGAGAUCUCCCAUCCUGGCAAGACUUGCACUUUUGCAACUGAAGAAAGGUUUCACAUAUGAUGGCAACCAGCUGCUGAAGAAAGUGAUCAGAAUUGGAGAUACCUCCUGCCUCCUGCCAAUCAUGGACAUUUUCAAAGAUGAAGACAGGAAGCUGAUGCAAACUCACUGCCACUUCAAAGCUCUGACCAUCCUGAAGGACAAACAGGAGGAUGCUGACAUCAAGGAGGCCAUUGCCUACCUCUCCUUUGCCAUCAUUGCUGCAGGUGGCUAUGCUGAGGAUUGUCUUCUCAUCAGGGCUGGAUGUUAUGGGCGCCUUGGUCAGAAGAAAACUGCUAUUUUUGAUUUUAAUGCCAUCCUGAAGGAGGAUCCUAGGAACGUGCAAGCUCUGAGUGGACGAGGACUCAUUUACCUUGCUCUGAAGCAGCAGAAGGAAGCAGUACAAGACUUGAUCUCAGCACUGAAGGUGGAGGCAGGAGCAGUGAUCCCAGCAAUCCUCUCCUUAAAGCACGAAGCCCAAGGCUUGAUCACUCAGUGGCUCCUGCAGCAUGGCAGGGCUGCAUUAGCUGAGCUUGUGGCUACUAAAAACCUCAUAAAAGAAGAAACCCUCAGGGAUCUCCUCAUGAUUGCAAAAGCACUCAUUAAAAUUCGCAAGGAUCCACAAUAUCACAUCUUCUACACAGAUGUUUUGAUUGCAAAAGGGAGGUAUGAAGAGGCCCGGGACCACCUGAGGGAGGCAUUUCACCACUCUCCUGCUGAUGCCUUUGUGAGUGCCAGAGUAGCUGUGCUGCAGUUGAAGAAGAGGAACAUGCCAGUGGCAGCCCGUUCCUUCAGCUGCCUGGCUAAGAGAGAUGAAAGGGAGUUGGGCUUUCUCCUGAACUUCAUAGAUGCUAAGCAACAGCACAACCUCUCUCAGGUGGCAGCCCAAGAAGGCAAUGUGCUGGUUAAAGAACACCACUAUGAGAAGGCUCUUGGCUACUACACCCUGGCUGUCCUCACCAGCAGAGACAACCCCAGGUACCUCCGCAGGAGGGCUGCUUGUUUUACACACCUGAAGAAAUAUGACAGAGCCCUAAAAGACAUGGAGAAAGUGAUGGAAAAGCACGGCAGGAGCAGCCUGAAAACCCGUGUGGAGGAUCACUGCUCCAAGGGCCAUCUGCUGCUGCUCCUGGCUGAGGAAGAAGCAGCAGUGCAGCAGUACAUAGAGGCCCUGCAGCUGGAUGAAUCCCUGGCAUUGUGCAGCAUCCUGAAGGGCCCUGGCAGGGAGAUUUUAACCAAAACAUUUCACAAGGUUGCUCAGUAUAACCUCGAAAUGCAGCGUUAUGAAGAGGCCUGGAAAAUCACAGACUAUGGACUUAAAAUUGAUAAAAGUACUGAGCUUAAAAAGCUGAAAACGAGACUGAAGCGAGAGGCAUCAAGCUGUAGCAUACAUUGA